AUGAAUCUCCGAUGGACUCUUUAUUUCUCUUUUGUGGCUCUGGUCAUCUCGGUCAAGCCCACAGGCUCAUCAUGCAAUGAGUUUCCCACCUCAAUGCUCGAAUUCUCUAGCAGCUUUCAGCAGCCGGAGCCCCCCCUGGUGAAAACUGAAUUCAAAACGAGUUUCAUCCAGCACAAAUGGAAUAAUAACUUGUCCCAUAUCACUUCGGGCUAUAUUUACUUUUCCCCGUCGCAGAAUCUCGUUCGUGCCGAUGAGGCCUACGAAGGGGGCUUGGCUACGUCAGUCUUUGACUACUCGAAGGUUAACAAAGAAGGUUUGGUCCUGAACAACCUCACCUCAUAUGAGGUCAAUAGUACUGAAGCUACCGUAUGGAUGGGCUAUGUCAUGUCUAAUUACCCUCUUUUCACUCAAGACUUUUUGAUUCGAGGAAACGCUGUCUUCGGUGGACUGGUGAAGCGGAAUUUGCUUGCGGAACAUGUUGCAUCUUGGAAUAUCAUGUACUCAUCGAUCCCGGUGACUGUUUUUGUGGACUCUUGCGGUGUGAUUGUUGGAUAUGACUACUUUUCUCCUGGCCUUCGCACGAGAGUCGUCACUGAUUUUUUCAACACUGCCGUUGGCCCACUUAAGUUGUGA